AUGAUGUUUAAUGAUAAUAAUAUUGAUCAUAUUUCUAAUUUGACUGAGAAAUAAUCAGAUUGGGAACCUACUUCCAAUACGUUGAAUAACUUAAUCAACUUAGAGUGA